CAAAACUCAUUCAAAACCCUAACGAUGGCUCCAAUUCUCUCAAAAAUCGCCAUUGUCGGUGCUGGAGUUAGUGGUAUUGCUGCUGCGAAGCAGUUGGCUCACCAUGAGCCAAUCGUGUUUGAGGCUUCCGAUUACAUUGGUGGUGUUUGGAAGCAUUGUUCAUAUGAUUCUACAAAACUUCAAUCGUUUCGUUCGGAUUAUGAAUUUGCUGAUUUUCCCUGGCCAAAUAGAGAUAGAGUUGAUUUUCCUUCUCAUCUCGAAAUUUUGGAGUAUUUGAAUUCCUAUGCUCGUCAUUUUGAUCUUCGUCGCUUCAUUCAAUUCAAUUCGAAGGUUGUUGGUGUUCGAUUCAUCGGCAAUGGAAACUCUGGCAAGUUUGGACCAUUGCUUUCCGGUCGACCAGCUUGGGAGAUUUCUGUUAUGGAUACUCUGUCUGAAACCAUUCAGUUGUAUGAAGUGGAGAUGGUGGUGAUGUGCAUCGGAAAGUAUGGUGAUAUCCCAAAGCUACCGGAGUUCCCGAGCGGCAAAGGGCCAGAGAUAUUCGCGGGGAAGGUGAUGCAUUCUCUAGAUUAUUGCAAACUUGGGAAGGAAGAAACAAAUGAGUUGCUUAAGGGUAAGAGAGUUGCAAUCAUCGGCUACAAGAAAUCAGCCAUUGAUUUGGCCGUUGAAUGUGCCCAAGCAAAUCAAGGUGAAGAAGGAAAGGGAUGUACAAUGGUGGUGAGAGGGUUACACUGGACAGUGCCUCACUAUUGGGUUUGGGGUUUGCCAUUCUUCUUCUUCUUCUCCACGAGAUCUUCUCAAUUCCUCCAUGAAAGACCUAACCAGACCUUCCUUAAGACUCUUAUUGGCCUCUUCUUAUCUCCCAUGAGACAUGGAGUUUCGAAAUUUAUAGAAUCAUAUCUGACGUGGAAAAUGCCAUUGGAAAAGUAUGGGUUAAAGCCAGAUCAUCCAUUUCUGGAGGACUAUGCGUCCUGCCAGAUGGCAAUUAUGCCGGAGAACUUUUUCCGGCAAGCCGACGAGGGUAAGAUCGUCAUAAAAAGGGCGUCCAAGUGGUGGUUUUGGAAUGGGGGGAUUGAGUUCGACGACGGCUCUAGAUCGGAGUUCGACGUCGUUAUUAUGGCCACCGGCUUCGACGGCAAGAAAAAGCUGACCGACAUUUUCCCUCAGCCCUUCCGUACAUUUCUCCAGUACCCUUCCGGCAUGAUACCCUUGUACCGAGGUACGAUCAAUCCAAUGAUACCAAACAUGGCAUUCGUGGGGUACCUAGAGAGCGUAGCGAACCUCCACACGUCGGAGCUUCGGAGCAUAUGGCUGGCCCGACUGGUGGACGAGAAAUUCAAGCUACCGGAGACACAAAAAAUGGUGGAACAGAUAAAUAAAGAGAUGGAAGUGAUGAAGAGAAGCACAAGGUUCUACAAAAGGCAUUGCAUUUCAACUUAUAGUAUCAAUCAUAGUGACCAAAUUUGUGAGGAAAUGGGUUGGAACCCAUGGAGGAAGAACUCUUGGUUUUCUGAAGCUUUCUCUCCUUAUGGAAGUCAAGACUACAACAACAUCAACAAUGCCAACAACAAAAUAAAUUAAACCUAUCUAUCAUAUUGUUUUAACACUAAAUAUAUAUAUAUAUAUAUCUUUAUGCAAUAUGUUUAAUUUUACUCCUUGAUGUUUUGGUUUUUUAAAAGGGUCAUACACAAAUAUGUCCAACAAUUAUGACAUUAAUGUAUCAAUUAUUGUUGCUUAGGAAUAUAAUAAUAAAAAUA